CCGUUCUCUGCCCCAGUUCCCAGGACAGCAGUCCGGGCUUAACUUUGUGAGUUGGGGGCAGGGGCGGCUUGCCUAAUCAGUCACGCUCCAGCUGGGGGUGGUUUCUACCUGCGCAUCCUCUCCUUUGAUUCCUCCCCAAAUGAGAUUAAGAUUCAAGUCGAUUUGGCACAUCCCGGAAGCAGGGCCUAACGUUUGCAGGCCCGGGGCUUCCAUGUGCGGAGGAAGACUCGGCUGAAGCAGGCCAUUUUCACCUGCGUAAUAACAGGCUGGAAGCGGCGAGGCAGCUGCGCGGCGGGGUGGCAGAUGUCUCCCGUGCCAUGGAUCACCCGUUUUCAACAGCAUCAAAAGAUGGAGAAGGAGCAUGUUACACGUCUCUGAUUUCCGACGUCUGUUACCCACCUCAGGAGGAUUCUACAUAUUUCACUGGAAUUCUUCAGAAGGAAAAUGGCCACGUCACCACAUCAGAGAGCCCCGAGGAGCUGAGUACCCCUGGGCCCUCCUUACCAGAUGUGCCUGGGAUGGAGCCUCAUGGGUUAUUUAGUUCUGAUUCUGGAAUAGAGAUGACUCCUGCAGAGUCCACUGACGUGAACAAGAUCUUAGCCGACCCCCUGGACCAAAUGAAAGCAGAAGCUUACAAAUACAUUGACAUAACCGGGCCAGGGGAGGUGAACUCUCAGGAGCAACGUCACCCCGAGUUGGAAGAGAAGGGCUUGGAUUUGAAGAAUAAGGACACUGAAAUCUCAUCGAAAUCUGAAAAAGUCCAUGAACCAGAGAAACCAGCUCCUGUGGAAGGAAAAGUCAUCAAGGACCAUUUAUUUGAAGAAUCAACAUUUGCUCCUUACAUCGAUGAUCUCUCCGAAGAGCACCACAGGGCCUCUCUGGUCACUGCCCCCGUCAAAAUCACACUGACUGAGAUUGAACCGCCUGUUGAAACUGCUACCCAAGAGAAGAGCCCUGAGAAGCAAGAUGUCUGUCUGAAACCGAGCCCUGACACAGUCCCCACUGUCACUGUCUCAGAGCCUGAGGAUGACAGCCCGGGAUCCACCACUCCUCCAUCUUCUGGAACAGAACCAUCUGCUGCAGAAUAUCAGGGGAAAGGCAGUAUCUCGGAGGACGAGCUGAUCGCUGCCAUUAAAGAAGCAAAGGGGUUAUCAUAUGAAACAGCCGAAAGCCCACAGCCGGUGAACCAGGUGGCCCACAAGCCCGAGUCCAAGGCCAAGUCCAAGUCCGGGCUGCCCACCAUCCCUGGCGCCCUGGACCAUGAGGCCAGCAGCGCGGAGUCAGGGGACUCGGAAAUUGAGCUGGUGUCCGAGGAUCCACUGGCCGCUGAGGACGCACUGACCUCUGGCUAUGUGACCUUCGGCCACGUGGGCGGCCCACCACCUUCGCCAGCCUCGCCUUCUAUCCAGUACAGCAUCCUGAGGGAGGAGCGCGAGGCCGAGCUGGACAGCGAGCUCAUCAUUGAGUCAUGCGACGCGUCCUCUGCCUCGGAGGAGAGCCCCAAGCGGGAGCAGGACUCACCCCGGCUGAAGUCAGGCGCCCUGGACGCCAUCCGGGAGGAGCCCGGUGGCCGGGUUGGAGAGCGUGCACCCAACCGGCAGGGCCUGGAUGAGCCAGGCCCUUUCCUUAAGUUCCCCUCGGCUGUCCCCCAAACUGGCCAAGAGCUGCCUUCUGGAGACAGAAACCCAGAGCCCGAGGAGUCCCCAGUGCAGCAGAAACCUGCAGAAGCAGUGAGUUCCCAGGAAAGUCCCGUGGCCACAAAGAGCCCCGGGCCACAAGGUCCUGACAUCGUGCCCCCUCUGCUGUUUCUCAAUAAGCAAAAAGCUAUUGACCUGCUGUACUGGCGGGACAUCAAGCAGACGGGGAUAGUGUUUGGGAGCUGCCUGCUGCUGCUCUUCUCCCUGACCCAGUUCAGCGUUGUGAGUGUCGUGGCCUACCUGGCCCUCGCCACGCUCUCAGCCACCAUCAGUUUCCGCAUCUACAAGUCUGUUUUGCAAGCUGUGCAGAAAACCGACGAGGGCCACCCUUUCAAGGCCUACCUGGAGCUCGAGAUCACCCUUUCUCAGGAGCAGAUCCAGAAGUACACGGACUGCCUGCAAUUCUACGUGAACAACACGCUUAAAGAGCUGAGGAGACUCUUCCUUGUCCAGGACCUGGUGGAUUCCUUAAAAUUUGCAGUCCUGAUGUGGCUCCUGACUUACGUUGGCGCUCUCUUCAAUGGCCUGACCCUGCUGCUCAUGGCUGUGGUUUCAAUGUUUACUCUACCUGUCGUGUAUGUAAAGCACCAGGCACAGAUUGACCAAUAUCUGGGACUUGUGAGGACUCACAUAAAUGCUGUUGUGGCAAAGAUUCAGGCUAAAAUCCCAGGCGCUAAAAGGCACACUGAGUAAGCUGAUCUCACACCGGGACUGGACACAAACGGAAUUGUCCUGCGUGGUAACAGUUCUGUUCUUACGUGUUACAGCAGAUCAAUUGUUUCUCCCCCAGUACCAUAAUCUUAGAGACAAAGUUUAAAACAGCUGUUUUCAGGCUGUUCCUGUACCCUUAGGAUAUUUGAGUCACUUGUGUCAAGCACUAAAGUAUAGAGAAAAGUUUAUUAGAUGUGGUUUUUAAUUUGGUGUUGCUAAAAAAAAAAAGUGCAUGAUGAUGAGAGCCCAAGUUAUCGUUCCUUCUUCUGUGCUCUUCUCCUCCUCUCUGCCAUGCUUCUGUCACUCUGACGCCCCUGUGGCUAGGCCCUUCCUGCCCAGCGCACUGACGCCAAUAGUGGAAAUCGCUUUUAUGUCCUUCGGUUGCUGGUUGGAUAAAUCUUUAAUAACAAUAUAGAAUUGUAGACUCAUGUUUUAGUGUUUUUCCAAUACUCAUAGCGUAAAAAUAAAGACUGUCACCUGUACUUAGGGUAAUCAGUUUUGUAUAACUUAAAAUAAUUGAAUAAAUAAAUUAAAACAAACAUUCAGCACUUUUAUUGUGUGGGACUGAUGGGCUGAUUUACAUGUAUGGUAACAAAAAAAGUACCAGCAUGUUAAUUUUAUUACAAUUUGUAUUACUUUCUCUGUAGCUCCUAAUGACUGAAUUAUGGACUCUGGAUAUUUGCACUUAUGUACUUGAUUCUGAAUGAGUAAAUAAAUGUUACUAACUGUAAGAAUUUCUCCCUCUCUUCUUGUGGUUGUACCAGGAAAUACAAAAGUUGUAAGAGAUGAAAUCUCCUGAGGAC